GAUUAAAUUUAAGGGACUGGCAUUUUCCAUUUUUGUGUACAGUAUAAAAAAGUGAUUGCACCUUAAAAUUUUUUUACACGUACAUUGAAAUGGAAACUGAUCUAAGCAUAGAGAGAGAAGGGGAAGAUGUCAUGGAAAAGACCAUGAAGAAGAAGGAAGCCGUUGUGUUGUAUCCAUCACCCCUCAUAGGCCACGUCAUCUCCAUGGUGGAGCUGGGGCGGCUCAUCCUCUCCCACCGCCCUUCCGCCGCCAUCCACGUCCUCGUCUCCACCGCCCCCUCUCCAGCUGCCACCGCUGCAACCGCUGACUACAUCUCCUCCGUAUCUGCCUCCGCCGGCUCUUCCAUCUCCUUCCAUCACCUCCCAGCCACCACCCUGCCCCCCACCUUCUCCACGAUGAAGUCUAACCUCCCCACGGUCGCUCUCGCCCUUGAGCUCCUCCGCCUCGAUGCUCCUAACGUUCACUCCGCCCUCGAGUCCCUCUCCAAGCACCACCUUGUCCUCGCCCUUGUCAUCGACUUCUUCUGUGCCUCUGCGGUCCCCGUGGCCAAGGAGCUCGGGAUCCCGUGCCACUGCUUCUUCACCUCCGGUGCAGGGGGACUCACCCACUUCCUCUACUUACCGUAUCUCCAUAAGAACAUCACAAAGAGCUUCAAGGACCUUGACCCCGACUUCAUUAUCGAUAUCCCGGGGACCCCGCUUCUCGUUCCCUCGGACUUGCCAAACACGGUUCUGGACAGAGGCGACAGGGCCUACGAGAUCUUCCUGGAGUCCUCCAUGAACAUUCAGAGGGCCGACGGGGCCAUCGUGAACACAUUCGAGGAGCUCCAGCCGCUGGCCACUCGAGCUUUGGUUGAGGGGCAAUGCACGCCCGGGGGCACCACCCCGCCACUCUACUGCAUUGGACCGCUGAUCUCAAAUCACGAUGCGGGUGACAACAAUGUCGAUAAAGGGAGUUUAAAGUGGUUAGACAUGCAACCUAGUAAAAGUGUCGUAUUCUUGUGUUUCGGGAGCAUGGGCGUCUUCCCAAAGGAGCAACUAAAGGAAAUGGCAAUCGGCUUAGAGAGGAGUGGGCAGAGAUUCUUGUGGGUGGUCCGCAACCCACCAGACCAGCCCGACUCGGACUUCGAUUCGCUGUUCCCGGAUCGGUUGCUAGAGCGGACAAAGGGGCGUGGCCUCAUGGUGCAUCGGUGGGCCCCGCAGGUGGCAGUGCUGAACCAUGGCUCAGUGGGCGGGUUUGUGACCCACUGCGGGUGGAACUCGGUUCUCGAGUCGGUCUGUGCGGGUGUCCCCAUGAUUGCGUGGCCGCUGUAUGCGGAGCAACCCCUGCAGCGGGCGCUUAUGGUGAAGGAAAUGAAGAUUGCCCUAUCGAUGAAUGCAUCGCGGGAUGGAAUUGUGAGCGCGGCCGAGGUCGAGGAGCGUGUGAGGGAGUUGAUGGACUCAGAGGCGGGGAAGUCGGUGAGGGAGAAAACGCUGGCCAUGAAGGAAGCUGCGAGGGCGGCGCUCAGCCUAGGCGGGUCAUCCCGGGUGGCACUCACCCGGCUAGUUGACUCAUGGAUUCCCGCAGCUUGACCGCAUCUCCCAAUUGGAGGUGGUGGCCAGCAGCGUGGCCCCACCGCUGGCCACCUCCUCUCUUCCUUCCUCAAUUUUUUUUUAAAUCAACCAAAAAAAGCUUUACAUUUUUUUUUAUGCUACCGUAACCUUUGAAUAAUAGUACGAAAAGACAAAAUCGUCAAGUUCAGUUGCGAA